CCAGCCAGCGCCAUGAAGACCAAGCACGUGAACUUGCUGAUCGCCUUAGUCGUCGCCGUGCUCUUCAGCUUCUCCUGCUUCUGCAUCUCCAGGUUGACUCAAACCAAUAAUCAAUUUAUUAAUUGUAGAAACCAUAUAUUGGAGUUUGAAGAUAAUAUACUACGUCUAAAAAGCAAAACUGAAAGAAAUAGCGAAGAGCUGAUGAAAGCCCUGAAACAAAUGAAGUAUGAAAUUACACAGAGAGAAAAUUUAUCAGUAAACUUAGUCGAAAAGAAAGUGAGUACGUUGAGUAAAAAUGAAGCAGUGCCUGACACAUUUGAAGAUUUAAAGUUCUUUAUUCCUCAUCUAAGGAAAGAAGGCAGAAUUUAUCCUGAUGUAGUUAUAGGCAAAGGGAAAACAGGUGUUUCUUUUGCACUGGGUAUUCCCACCAUCAACAGAGGAAAUUAUACUUACCUGAAGCAAACGCUGACCUCUGUUGUCUCCAGGAUGACACCUUCAGAAGAAAAGGACUCUGUGGUGAUUGUCUCUAUUUCAGAUAGUAAUGAAGAUUAUUUACAAUCUGUUGUUAGCAUGAUUAAAAAAAAAUUCAAAAGGCAAGUGAAGUCUGGUUCCUUAGAGGUCAUUUCAAUACCUGCGUUUUUUUAUACAAACAUAUUAAAUGCCAAACAAUCAACCGAGGACUCACAAAAGAAACAGAGUUGGCAAGUCAAACAAGUAUUGGAUUUUUGCGUUUUGAUGCUGUAUGCCCAACCCAAGGCCAGGUAUUAUUUACAGCUGGAAGAUGAUAUCAUAGCUAAAAAGAUGUACCUUACUAAAAUAACAGAUUUUGUACAUAAUAUCACUUCAAAUAAUUGGUUUUAUAUUGAGUUUUCAGUACUUGGAUUCAUAGGAAAGCUGUUUAGAUCUGAGGACUUACCUGACUUUGUACGUUUUUUUUUAAUGUUUUACAAAGAGAAACCCAUAGACUGGCUCUUGGAAGACAUGUUUCAGGUAAAGAUGUGUUACCCAGGAGAACCUCUUAUGAACUAUAAAGGACGACGAAAGCAAAUUCGUAUUCAGUAUAAACCAUCUCUUUUCCAGCAUGUGGGUAAACAUUCAUCGUUUUCUGGAAGAGAACAACAUUACAAAGAUAUCCAUUACUAGGAGUUUCAUAUUUCUAAUGGUUUCUUUAAAAAUUACCAGGAUCGUUUGUCAGAAAAAAUGUCAUAACAAGGAUUAGACUAUUUCUCAACUUUCUUAAUCAACUACAUCAUAUUUUUAACAAUUAAGCCUUCAAUAAUACAGUGGUGCACCAUUUCUGAAUUUCCACCCAGUGGCCCCCACUCGGGGUUGCGUCCCACUGCUUGGAAAAACCCUUUUCAGACGGACCUUACCGGCCCACACCAAAAACCUAUCAGGGGGGCGAGGGAUGUCUCCCUUCGCUCCCGACCAGCGGCUUUCCAACAGCGCAUCCGCCUAGGCCUAUUGCUGGUCACCGUACGGAUUCCACGUCGUACGGAAUUUCUUACUGCCUGAGACCCAGCUGGCUGACAGACCUCCACCCAGCGGCCCCCUCUCGGGGUUGCGUCCCACUGGCUGGAACACAGAAGACAGACAAACAAACAACAGACAACAGACAACGGGGUGACGGACGUCUCCUGUCACUCCCGACCGGCCACCCACCAGCGCGUCCGCCUAAGUCUUCUGCCGGUCACUUCCCAGGGCCCAGUUACCUACACCGUAUGGAUUUUCAGCGCUUUAACUCCUCCUCGGAUCCGGAUUCUGUUCCGGGGGUUUUGGAAUCCCGGACGAGCCCCCAAAAUGUUAGAGCCGGUUCCCAUCUGCCCCGGGAACAGAAUCAGAAGACUCAUCCAGAAGAAUUUGCAGUUUUGAAGGUGCCGGGGAGGUGCAUUGUCAAGCCUCUGCCUGGGGCUGAGGAAUGUCUCUCAGAGGCCUUCCCCUGGGCAAGACACUCGACUCUGCACCUGGUCUCCAGGCACCGGUGGUCGCCACCUGCCCUAUCGUAGGGCAGGAUCUCGGUGGGACCUCCAAAUGUUAUGGUCUGAGAUGCGAGAAAUGACCACCUGAAGACCGAAUUGAGCCAAAUCAGGAGUCUUUAUUAGCUGGCCAGCGACUGCCCUCUGCACCGCCCGAAGGCGGCACAGAGUGCAGCCGUGAGCCUUUGAAACAGAAAGUUUUUAUAGUGUAAGUUUGUGGGUGGACAAUUACUAAGACAGAGC